AUGACCAACAGCGACGCUACCAAGGCUAACGGCAGCAAUGGAGACGCCGCCAAGAACUUGUUCGCCGUCAAGGCCGGUCUUGCACAGAUGCUCAAGGGCGGAGUCAUCAUGGACGUGACCAACGCCGAACAGGCCCGCAUCGCCGAGGAGGCCGGCGCCUGUGCCGUCAUGGCCCUUGAGCGCGUCCCCGCCGACAUCCGCAAGGACGGAGGAGUCGCCCGCAUGUCGGACCCCGCAGUCAUCAAGGAAAUCCAGAACGCCGUCACCAUCCCCGUCAUGGCCAAGGCCCGCAUCGGCCACUUUGUCGAGUGCCAGAUCCUCGAGGCUCUCGGCAUUGACUACAUUGACGAGAGCGAGGUCCUCACCCCGGCCGACAAGGAGUAUCACGUCGAGAAGUCCGAUUUCAAGGCCCCCUUCGUCUGUGGCUGCCGCAACCUCGGCGAGGCCCUGCGCCGCAUCGCCGAGGGCGCCGCCAUGAUCCGCACCAAGGGCGAGGCCGGCACUGGCGAUGUCGUCGAGGCCGUCACCCACGUCAAGACCGUCACCAGGGACAUUGCCCGCGCCAAGGCCAUCCUCCAGACGGAGGGUGUCAUUGGCAUCCGCGCCAUGGCGAGGGAGAUUGGCGUCGACCCCACCCUUCUGCAGCAGACUGCCGAGCUGGGCCGUCUGCCCGUCGUCAACUUUGCCGCUGGCGGAGUUGCCACGCCGGCCGAUGCUGCGCUGAUGAUGCAGCUCGGCUGCGAUGGUGUCUUUGUCGGCAGCGGCAUUUUCAAGUCCGGCGACCCCGCCAAGCGCGCAAAGGCCAUCGUCAGAGCGACAACGCACUUCAAGGACCCCAAGGUUCUCGCCGAAUGCAGCGAGGGUUUGGGUGAGGCCAUGGUCGGUAUUAACUGCGACAGCAUGAAGCCUGAAGAGAAGAUGGCUGGCCGCGGAUGGUAA